GUCGGAAACGAAUUCUCCUCCUGGUCGUGGCGUGGCCACCCGAAGACGAGGUCGCGGGCAAAGACGGUGCUAGGACGAUGGCAGGACGAUGCUGGCGGUGGAGGAAGAAGAGGUUUUUUACCCGAGCCCACAAAGCUUUGGUUGCGUUUUGUGGGGUUCGGUUGGCUUGGUGUCUCUUCUGGUAUCUCACUCAUCAUCAUCAUCAUCGGCGGUCGUCUUGGUCUUGGUCUUGGUUUGAGGCUUUCGGUUUCUCGAAGUUCUCCAGGCCACCGCGCGGCAGCCAGCCAACCCAACAACGUCGAAACACAUAAGAACUGCCGUUGUUGGUGAACCACGAAACGUGGUCGGAGAUUCCGUCGCGGCUCGCGCCUUCUAGCUAUCCACCAUUCAUUCGAAGUGGAUGGGACAACCCGCCGCAGACCGCAUCGGACAGUAUCGGACCGCGCGUCAUCGUCGGAGGCGUCGUCGUCGUCGUAGUCGUCGGAAAUUCCUCUGAACUCCGCCGUCCUUAACGGAACGUUCCCGGGUUACGGCUGCUGGUUGCCGUCGGUUUUCUUGUGACAAGAUCUCGGACCUUCUAUUUUGGAUACCUACUGUACACAACUCCGGGACAUCGAUCAUGGAAGGAUUUGAAGAAUUGUAAUCAACGAUCGAAAAGUGAUAUAAUCUAGUGUUUAGUGAAACGUGAUUCUUUUAUGUGCUAGAAAAAUUCAAUUUUUUUUAAAGUACUUCAGAUGUAUAACUGAAUCAUUUGGAAUAUUUUGUGUAGAUUAUGUAUAAAGGAAACAUUUCGUUAGAUUUCCCCAUCAGUUGAACUGUUAUUUAAUUACUUUUCGAAGGAAACUUUGCGUCAAUUAAAGUUUUGUAGUAAAAAAGAAACUAGAAACACCAAACACAAAUCAAAAUGCACCUCGCAGCAUCCGAGGUAAGCUCAACAACGAAUCCCACCUCGAUGGAUCAUGGUGGGAGUACUGCAAGUGCAAACGCUGGAGGAAACUCCGGAAGCAAAGAUCAAGAUUUGGGUGCCAAACACCAACCCUUGACGGCGGAAAAUCUAGCGGAACGGACAAUCGAGGGGUUGCUAGCUGAUCAUCCGGGCGAACUUGUGAGAACCGGAUCACCUCAUGUUGUUUGCACCGUCCUCCCAAAUCACUGGCGCUCGAACAAAACGCUUCCGGUGGCCUUCAAGGUGGUAGCCCUGGGGGAAGUCGGCGAUGGAACGAUGGUCACGGUGAUGGCCGGCAACGACGAAAAUUUUGCCGGCGAGCUCCGGAACUGCACCGCCAUUAUGAAGAACCAGGUGGCCAAAUUUAAUGACCUGCGUUUCGUGGGGAGAAGUGGAAGGGGAAAAAGUUUCACGCUGACGAUAGUGAUAUCGACUGUACCGAUCCAGAUUGCGACCUACUCGAAAGCGAUAAAAGUGACGGUCGAUGGGCCCCGGGAACCAAGGUCCAAGAUCCGGCACCAGGGCUUCCAUCCGUUCGCUUUUGGGCCGCAACGAUUUGGGCCGGAUCCACUGAUGGGCACGCUUCCGUUUAAGUUGCCAGGCUUUCCACAUCAAUUAGGCGGCAUGGCGGGCCAUUUGCACAUGGCCAACGAUUGGCGGCAGCUCAAUGGUGGUCGCCCUGUGGCCGGAUUUCCAAGUUCGCAUUUUUUCCACCACGCCCACGCUCAGGCUGCCGCAGCUCAUCACUUUGCCCCGCACAUGUUGGCCGCCAUCGAUCGGAUCGAACAGCACCGGCAACAUCCGGCAGGGGCAGAUCCCGGGGAAGGAAGAGGAGGAACGACACCGGCUCAGCCCGGAUCCAAUGGAACCGGACCACCCGGAUCGACGACCAUGGGUAUGCUAACGGCCGUCGCAGCUGCAGCCUCCAAUUCUUCCUCAGCUGGAGCCAACAAUUCCAACUCGCCCCGGAUUAGCGAUUCCAAUGACAACCACAACUCACUGGCCAACUGCAACCCACACAGCACCACCAGUCCAAAGAGUUCACCUAAUCCAUUGACCAGCAGCAGCCAUCAGCAUCCACCGACUGCUUCAAACAGUACCGAUCAUCACCCUCCCCGGAGAUCCUCAACGGAGGACGAAGAUCGCGAAGAUCUGGACGACGAAUACGACCAGAUCAGCGUAACGGGGUCCGAUGCCGGAAACGAAACCGACCGCAGGAGUCCCUUGAUUGGGGGAGCAUUCACUUCGUUGAUCCAGAAGAAUCAUGCCAAAAUUCUACAAAAUAGUGCGUUUACUGCUGGAACAGGUCAAUAUCCGCCUCACAUUCAACCCCAACCUCAUCCGUUGAAUCACGCCCUGGCCGCUCAGUUGUUCUUCCAAAAUCCACUGAUCCCACAACCGAAUCAUUGGCUGUACAAUCAACUUUAUGGUGGAAACUACCAGGAACUUCCAUGGUUCCGGCAAAGUCUUUUUGCCAACAACAACAACAACAACAACACUACUACUCCAAACAACGACAGCAAAGAUAGUCUGGAUUCCCCGAAAAGCAGUGAUGCCAACAAGCGAUCGAUCACCGUGGUGUCGAGCAACGGAGACGAAGAUGACGAAGGACUUCCGCCGAGGAAGCUGAUGACCCUUGGGUCAUCGGACCCUUCCGGAGCAGAUCCGGAAGACGAAGAACGCCGCAAAGAUUCCCCCUCAGUAACGUCCACGAAACGAUCCCCGAGUCCAGACAGCCAGUCACGUCCCUCCUCCCCUCGAUCGCCAUGCCCCGGAGACAGUGCUGCCAGUUUGACGGUGCUGGAAAGAGCGUCCGUAGCCAGGUUACGUCGAUGUAGCGCCGGAAGUGAAAUGAUGCUCAGACAGCUACCGCAAGCGGCCGGCGGAAAGGCGGCCAGCGAUGUAUGGCGACCGUACUAAUUUGUUCUAAGUUUUUUUUCGUUAAAAAGUACGGAAUAAGUUUUGUAGCAUACCGAACCCCUCCUCCAAAGCUAGAGAUAAGUGUUGAUCGAUGAUGUGAAUAUUUUAGAAUAAAAUCCCACAAACUUGCACACCACACCGUGAUUAUUUUGUUUUAGACGAAGUUUGACGGAAUGGGAGUAGGAAAUAAAUAUGGAGUGAAGAAAAAUUAGGAAACAAUCAGAUGGUAGAUGGCUUCAAAGAAAAGAAUUAACAUCGAAAGUUUCGUAAAAAAUGUACAUUAGAAAUAUCAUUUUUUUUAAAAACGUUUAUUAUCAAUUUGAAUACAAAUAUGCUGGAUGAAAUCGAAUCGAAUAUCAUUCAUUUGAGUUUACAUAAUCAAAUGAACGUUUGAUUUUUUUUAG